GAUACAGUGGCUGUAUUAUACGAUAGCGAACGCGAAUUUCUUGAAUCCAUAAAAAAUUAAACGGAAAUCGGCGUGUGCCAUGGGUUACGCUAAUAUUAGCAUCCGCCGCUAAAUAUUCCAUUGUACUCGAGCUACAGAAAAGUAAUUAAUUUACUUUCACGAUGAAUUCAUCGACAGAUUCGUCAUUUUUAGAGUUAAACACUAAUUUAAGCAAUACGCCGGAUUUAUAUGCAACGAGUGUUAACGAGGCCCCGUCAUACGGAUCAGGAACCGAGGAGUAUUAUGCCUGCGUUACCUUCAAUUGCUCGGAAUCCGAGUUUGUGGCGUUUGUCCUUGGGCCACAAACCUUACCACUUUAUAAGGCGAUUUUGAUAACCAUUAUUUUCGGAGGCGUUUUUAUAACUGGAGUCAUAGGAAACCUCUUAGUAUGUACAGUGAUUAUUCGGCACUCGGCCAUGCACACGGCGACAAAUUACUAUCUCUUCAGUUUAGCUGUUUCGGAUUUGCUGUACCUACUCUUCGGACUACCUACGGAAGUGUUUCUAUACUGGCACCAGUAUCCAUAUCUCUUUGGGAUGCCGUUUUGCAAGAUACGCGCUUUUAUUUCUGAAGCAUGUACUUAUGUGUCCGUAUUUACCAUCGUUGCAUUUUCCAUGGAACGAUUUUUGGCCAUAUGCCAUCCAUUGCAUUUAUAUGCGAUGGUUGGCUUCAAGCGGGCUAUUCGUAUAAUUACAGCUCUAUGGAUCGCGAGUUUCAUAAGUGCCAUACCCUUUGGCCUGCUCUCAGAUAUUCAAUAUCUCCAGUACCCAUUAGAUGAUUCCCGCAUUGAGGAAUCAGCAUUCUGCUCCAUGUCCACUCAGACCGUGACCAUGAUACCGGUGUUCGAAGUUUCAUUUUGCAUAUUCUUCGUAAUUCCCAUGAUACUUAUUAUAAUACUAUAUGGAAGAAUGGGGGCUAAAAUUCGAUCUCGGACAAAUCAAAAGCUGGGUGUGCAGCAUGGCACCAAUAAUCGAGAGACCCGAAACUCACAACUGAGGAAAAAAACAGUGAUACGAAUGUUGGCCGCUGUGGUGAUAACGUUUUUCGUGUGCUGGUUUCCGUUUCACGUGCAACGACUUUGGUUCCUCUAUGCCCAGGAGAAUGACAAUUAUUUGGACAUAAACGAAGCACUCUUUUCGAUUGCCGGAUUUGCUUACUACGUUUCAUGCACCAUUAACCCGAUAGUGUACAGCGUGAUGUCAAGACGCUAUAGGGUCGCGUUCAGAGAACUUCUUUGCGGAAGACCUGUGGGUGCAUAUUACAACAGUGGAUUUGCCAGAGACCACUCCAGUUUCCGGGAAAGCACCGCGACUGUGCUUGGAAAGAACGUUAAUUACGACAGGGUUCAUUCUGUUCACGUUAGGUCCAGCCGGCAUCAAAAUAAUAAAUUCGAAACAGACUCCAUUUCCUCGAAUAGAGUAUUAAUAAAGAAAACCUAUAGUCUGCCCCUGCCCAAGAAUGCGGACUCCACUGUUCUGAGUACAACUGACAUUGUUAUCGUACUAGAAAAUAACUCCACUGCUCGACACACAGAUGCUGAAGAGCCCAAAGUUGACAACGACAUUUGGAUUGAACAUGAGGAAACUUCCAUUUAGGCCUGGGGCCCGACCAAAAUAAAAACAUCCAUAAAGAGAUUCCA